AUAGCCAGAGUAGAGCUAGAGGCCUUCCGCUGUAACUAAGCUAUUUAGCUAGCGUUUGAGAGUAUCAAAUCCGUGAUGUAUCAUGGGUAAAUUAACUGACGAACUAACCUACAAAUAAUAUUGAGUAGUUAUUUACGAACCAAGGUGAUUUGUAGAUCUGCCUCGCCUUUUAAAGUAUACUGCAAUGUCGAUAGCGCCCACCGUCUUCCAUUGCCAUUGGCCAAUUUAAUACGAUUAUCUUUGCUGUCAAACGCAUGAUUGGCUGAAUUCGACCUCUUUCCUUUGCAUUGAUACUAUUAUAUUGGAUAAUACAUGAGAUUGACGCGUUUACCACCAUGAAGUUUCGGGAAUCCUUGGGACGUGGUUAGGUGAGGGGCUGAGCCAUGGCAGACGAGGUGGAUUGUGGCAGUGAGUUCCCAGCCCUCUAUAAAGUCAUGCUGGACAAACUGAACGAACAGAGACAGUUGGACCAGUUCACAGACAUCACUCUCAUAGUGGAUGGGCACCAGUUCAGGGCUCAUAAGGCAGUGUUGGCAGCAUGCAGUCAGUUUUUCCACAAGUUCUUCCAGGACUUCACACAAGAGCCACUAGUGGAGAUUGAAGGAGUGAGUAACUCAGCCUUCCGCCAGCUGAUGGAGUUUACGUACACGGCUACACUUGCCGUCAAUGGGCCAGAGGAGGUCAAUGACGUGUGGAAGGCAGCAGAGUACCUCCAGAUGCAGGAGGCCAUCAAGGCCCUCACCAUCAGGAUGAGUGAUGGCACUCCCGUCAGUCCGGCCCAGGACCAGGCCCUGGCGGCGGGGAAGAGCGAGAGCAAAAAGAGGAAGCCAGUGGAGACUUUUAGCGGGAUCGCGGAGACUCUUCCGUCAGUGGUGGGGGAGCAGGUGGAGAUUGAGGUGGAGAUCGGGGAGGGGGCCAUCGAGGUGGAGGAGACUGCUAUGGAGGAGGAGGUGGUGGAUGCUGCUCGGAACGCCCAGGCUGCCUCAGACGACUCGGCCCUGGCACUGCUCGCUGACAUCACCAGCAAGUACCAGCAGAGGGGGCCAAUGCUGCACGUGCUGAAGAAGGAAGGACUGGAGGAGGUGAACGAAGCACUCGGCCUCUCUAAUGCGCAUGAUAUCCAGGAGGUGGUGUCUCAGGAGGAGACAGUGACAGCUCCCAAGACUCUUGAGGGCCUGGAGGUGGUCGAGGUCCAGAUCUCUCAGCUGGACAAGAUGUUCCGCUGCAACAAAUGUGACCGCAGCUUCCGCCUCUACUACCACCUCAAACAGCACAUGCGUGCGCACGUGGCUGCCCUGGACAAGCCGCAUGUGUGUUGCCACUGCGGUAAGGCGUACAUGCGGGAGGCGGCGCUGAAGCAGCACCUGAACACGUUACAUUACGAGGCAGAGGAGCUGUCGCGCAGCCAGUCCCAGAAGAAGAAGAUGCACCUGUGUGAUUACUGUGACAAGCAGUUUGACCACUUUGGACACUUCAAGGAGCACUUACGUAAACACACCGGUGAGAAGCCGUUUGAGUGUCCAGACUGCCAUGAGCGCUUUGCCAGGAACAGCACAUUGAAAUGUCACAUGGCUGCCUGUCAAAACGGCGUCGGGGCCAAGAAGGGACGCAAAAAAGUCUACGAAUGUCAGGUGUGCAGCAGUGUGUUCAACAGCUGGGACCUUUUUAAAGACCACCUGACGACCCACACAGGAGAGAAGCCCAACCACUGCACCAUGUGUGACAUCUGGUUCACCCAGCCCCACGACCUGCGACGACACCUCCGCGAACUGCACAGUGUCACAGACGACACGCUAAUGACCCAGGAACUGGACAUCGGUGCCAUGGCAACGCAAGAGGAAGUGGCCGGGGAGGAGGACGAGGAGGGAGACGAGAGAGAGACCCUCUUACUGGAGGAUGGGAUGAGGGUGGAGCAUGUUACCGUGGAGCCCGUAGACGUGGUAGUCAUGGAGGAAACGGACAUGGUGGUGGAAGAGGUGACGGAGAUGUGUGAGGAGGACGUGCAGAGACUGAAGGAGGCAGGAGUGGAGAUCCGGGUGGUGCAGGUGUCAGCGGCGGGGCAGGUGAACUCUGAGAUUCAGGUGGAGGAGGAAUCACAACAGACUGUGGAUGUAUGAAGCAGGAGCGGAGCUCCAUCUAAAAUUGUACCCUGUUACCCAUAAAUACAGUACCUUGGCUUUGACCAGAAGUAGUGCACUGUAUGAGGAAAAUAGUUUUAUUUGAGAUGUGCCUACUGGUUAUGGUCAAACUGGAAAAGCUCCACCUCCUCACCCUGUUGACUAAUAGGGUAACGGACAGAGACAAGUAUUUGAAGUUGCUCACAUUUUUAGAUCAUUUUUUUUUAGAACCUGCUGUCAGCAUGUUUCUGUCUUCUCUCUGUGUGUCUGUGGCAGAGAUAUACCUGCUGAAUGCACUUACACUGACCCUGUUCAAGGUUUUGUCACAGACCGAUCAAAAGCUUUCUUUCUUUUUUGCUUUCUAUGUUUUUUUAAAAACAUUUUAGCAUGUACAUUUGAGAUUAUCAAAAUUAAUUUGCCAAGACGGUAUGCGAUCCGUGAAGGUCCCUACUCCGUUGAAUGGUUUCACUAGCAGACGCCAGUUAUUGAUUGGAAUGCACAGUCUGUUUCACUGUCAUACAGCUGCAGACAUAUUAAGGACUGCUGUUGCCCAGUUGGAAUCCAUCUGAAGCACAGAUCUGUUGAUAAAUCGUUCAGCACUUGACUAAAGAGCAUGUUUUUGAUGGUGUGCAUGUCCUAACUGAUGGGGGGGGGGGGGGGGGGAUGCUUUAAUAUUUGAAUAAAAAGAUAAUGGCUGUUAGUGUACGUAUGUUUUCUGCCCACCAAUUCCCCUGCUCGUCUACCUCUUUCCUGUUCUGCCUGCAGCACAGCCCUGUACCCACAAGACAUUGGGGUUUAUGCACGACACUGUUAUGAGUUACGCUGUUAAGAACCAGAAGUGAGAAAGUAUUAAAAGCUAACAUGUUAUUUUUAUUUGAACAAAUGUUCAUAUAAUUGCAUUGUUUUCUUUGUCCAGAUCAAUUAAGAGGGAGUGGCGUAAUCAAUACACAUUGAAUCCUCAAAACGUGUUCACACUUUGCAAUUACAUUUUUUUUUUUACAAUGCUUUCGAAUGUGUCAGACGGAGACGUGGAAGUUUAGGUUACUAGUCAUCAAGAAUGAACAAAAACCUGCUGGGACUAAAUGCUAUUUAAAAAUGUUUUAUAUAUGCUUGUGAAUAAAAGGUUGACUUAAACCACAUUGGUUCUGACUGUCAACCACUGU